CCAAAAAACACAUCGAGUGAAGCUAUAAUUGAAGGUUAAUUAGAGCAACGUAAGCUUAAUUAAAAGCUCCUUAACGAGCGAGAAGGUUGCGAACUUGGCGGCUCCGUCUCUUCUCCGGUUCGUUAUUCUGCAUCUCCCAGAAGCUUGUGUUGGCAAGUAACUCCCUCUUGGCUCUUCUUCCACGACUUUCUUUAUGGAGACUGAAAGAUAGACUUUAGGGAGCAUAGUUGACGAAAUUGAAAGAUGGCUCUAUCUAGCAAAGCUGAUCAAAAGGCAGCUGUAGAUGUAGCUGCCUGGAUGUUCAAUGUUGUUACUUCAGUUGGUAUUAUCAUUGUCAACAAAGCCUUGAUGGCUACUUAUGGUUUCAGCUUUGCUACAACAUUGACUGGUUUACAUUUUGUUACCACGACCUUGAUGACAGCCAUCUUAAGGUGGUUGGGAUACAUCCAGUCCUCUCAUCUGCCUUUCCAGGAGCUUCUGAAAUUUGUCAUUUUCGCCAAUUUUUCUAUUGUCGGAAUGAAUGUCAGUCUAAUGUGGAACUCAGUGGGAUUCUAUCAGAUUGCAAAGCUGAGCAUGAUCCCUGUUUCCUGCUUUUUGGAAGUGGUGUUGGACAAAAUGCGGUACUCCAGAGAUACAAAGCUGAGCAUAGGAGUUGUUCUUUUAGGAGUUGGUGUCUGUACUGUCACUGAUGUGAGUGUUAAUACUAAAGGGUUUGUUGCUGCUCUGAUUGCAGUGUGGAGCACUGCGCUUCAACAAUAUUACGUACAUUACCUUCAGCGAAAGUAUUCAUUAAGUUCUUUCAACUUGCUGGGACAUACUGCUCCUGCCCAGGCUGGUUCGCUGCUCUUGGUAGGCCCAUUUCUGGACUAUUGGAUGACAAGCAAGAGAGUUGACGCUUAUGACUACACCCCAGUUGCUGUGAUGUUUAUUAUUCUAUCCUGCACCAUUGCUGUGGGGACUAAUCUCAGCCAGUUCAUCUGCAUCGGUAGAUUUACUGCUGUUUCUUUCCAAGUAAUUGGCCAUAUGAAGACAAUCCUUGUCUUGAUCAUGGGCUUCCUCUUCUUUGGGAAGGAGGGUCUCAAUCUCCAAGUAGUCAUCGGCAUGAUCAUAGCUGUAGUUGGAAUGAUCUGGUAUGGCAAUGCGUCAUCUAAGCCUGGGGGGAAGGAGCGCCGAAGCCAUUCACUUCCUACCAGCAGACAACAUAAACACGGUAGUUUGUCGGAGUCCACCGAAGUAGAUGGGAAAGUUUGAAUAUUAGUGAUUGCCAGUGAGCGAACAUACAAGAUAGCUGAUUCCAAUUUAUCAUCUGAGAUUAGAAAACCAGUGUUCCUUUUCUUCUCCAUUGUUUUUCCUCAUUGAGUUAUUCUUUGUUGUCCCCAAGCCGCUCCAAGGGAACAGAUCUUGCUGAAUAGGUUUAGCUGUGCUGCAAAAAUUUUCCCUGCUUGAUCAUAUAAAUUAUAGUAAUUAAAUUGUUGUUCAUUUCAUAA